UCACAGCAUUACAACAACAACCAUGUUCAAGAAAACUUUGUUUUCCAUUUUACUGCUGGCGCUUGCCAUGCAUUCGGUAAAUGGCAAGCCAGCGUGUGGUUGUGCAAGCUCGAGGGCGCCCCCACCAUCAUCGCCCCCGCCAUCAUCGCCACCGCCUUGUCAGCCGGCAACGCCCGAACCUUGUGUCGCCAAGCAGGAGACCACCACGAGCACGACUAGUAACCCGUGCGUCACCACAGCAGCGCCCAAAGUACCCUGCAUCGAGCAGAAGAUCCCCUCGACAACGACCACGACAACCACGACAACCACGACACCUGCCCCUACUACAUCUACCACUACUACGACGGUGGCGCCCUCCACCUCAACGGCCGCUCCCAAGACUGACUGCUCGAACGGUGAUAUUUACCCCAUUAGCGUGGGCGGCUGCAACCAGUUCCUGAUGUGCAACAACAGAGUGUACAUCCUGAUGGUCUGUCCGUCGGGGCUCGGCUUCAACUUCCAGACUAAGACCUGCGAGCGCUCAGACAACGUGCCCGCUUGUAGUGCACGUAGCUAA